AUGAAUAAAACUAAUAAUAUUUUUUAGAAGCGAAAAUUUGCAAGGUUUUUGAUGAAAAUUCAAGCAUCUAACAACCCUUAGUCCAAUGAUAAUUUCAAAAAAGAAUAUGAAGAUUAAUUAUUGUUUGGUUAACUAGAUAUUCACGACUAUGAUAUGCAAAAAAUCAAUAUGUCAGCUUAUUAAGGAUAUGAUUAGCAUUUCAAAAAACCAGAAACAAAAGCUACUCACCCAGAAUUAGACAUAAACCAAAACACUUGUUUUGGAAAAUAGGAAAACUUCUAACGUAAUUCUGGUGAUAAUCCUGAAUCUAACCCAAAAGAUAUUGGAAUCAAAAUUUGA